AUGGAGUCGGAGAACGCUGUCAAACGUUCUGGAGUUCAGACUGUUCUGGACCAACUAGGGUUUGGCUGGUAUCAGGUUCGCGUCAUCAUAAUUAUUGGUAUGGCUCAAGCUACUGACACUAUGGAAACUUUAAUUCAAGCAAUUCUCGGACCAACAUUACGCUGUGAAUGGAAUAUGAGUUCGGAUUAUGUUGCUCUUCUUACUACCCUUGUGUUUUUGGGUAUAUGUAUUGGUUCCCCGCCUAUCGGGUAUCUUUCAGAUAGGCUCGGACGCAAAGAUCUUAAUAUUUUAUGUUGUCUUGCUCUAAUCUACAUGACAUGGUUAUGUGCUAUUUCACCCACUUACAUAUGGCUUGCAGUUUUACGUUUUAUCUCAGGUUUGUACAUUGGUGGUCUACUGACUGCUGGUUGCUCGAUGAUAUCAGAAGUACUCCCAGAAAGCUACCAGCCUACUGGUCAACUGCUUGUUUGUUUUUUCGAUUCAUUUAUUGCUCUAUAUGUAACUGGUGUUGGCCUUGGUUGUUCGACAUCAAAACUUAGUUGGAGAUUUUUUAUACUUUUCACAACAGCACCUCUUAUAUUGUGUGCACUUGGUCUGACCUACUGUAUUCAAGAAUCGCCUGUCAUUUUAGCCCAAUGGGGAAAUUAUGAAGAAUCAGCUAAAGUCUUAGACAAAAUAGCAAAAUGUAAUGUUCGUAUUCCUAAUAUUAUAGAUAAGGAAAAUACAUAUUCAUCAAAACAUUGUAGUUUAUCUAAUUAUCUAUCAAUUGUUGACGAAAAACAGAAUCAUGCAAAUGCAACUCCUACAUUUAAAAAUAUUAUGAAAUUUAUUUACAAUAAUUAUGCUAUUGCAACUCCUUUAUUAAUUGCUAUUAAUUUUAUAUGGGGAAUGAUUAUAUAUGGUGCUACUACAUUACUUCCAGUUGAGCUACCAUCAUUACCAAGAACAUGUUUACAGUCUAUUUAUAAAGGUUUAACAGAGGUCCCACAUGAGACUUAUGAAAAUUCUGGUAUACAUAAUGAAGAUUGUUGUCUUCCAUUGUUAAAAGAAGGUUAUAUUUCUUUAAUGUCAUCUAUGAUAGGAAGUAUACUUAGUUUUCCAAUAGCAUUAACUUUAAUUACAAUUAUUGGACGAAAAUGGACAAUUAAUACUUGUUUCUUUUUAACAGCUCUUCUAAUAUUUAUUGAAGCUUUUUGCAUGCCGUCAAAUCUAUUACGUUUCUUCUUUUUCGCAACACGAGCUGUAGCAUCCGCUGGCAAUAAUGCAACUGCAAUUUAUAUAACAGGUCUAUAUGCACCACGUAUAAGAAGUUUUGUGUUUGGUGUUAUGUCAACAUGUUUUCGUAUUGGUGUAUUAACAGCACCUUAUUUAGGACAAGUAUUUUUACAACGUGUAUCUGCGUUAGGUGCAGUACUGAUUUUUUCAGCCAUUGCACUUAUUGGAUUUCUAUUUAGUAUAUUUUUACCACAUGCUGGUGAUAAACAUUUUACUUCGACAACUAUAAGUAAAGGUGUAUUUCGUAGAAUUUUUAAAGGUAACAAAUCGAAAACUAAACAGAAUGAUGAUGGAAUGAAAUCUGUAACAAAUCCAGCUUACAAAGACGAUGAGAAAACAAUACGAACAAUAGUUGAAGAGAUAAAACGAAAAGACAACAAUAAACCAGCUGUUUUACCGGUUGAACAAAUUUUAAAUUCGACCAACGUUGAAGAGGUUACUAUUGUACCACAUGAAUUAGUAGUAGUAGCAUUAACUCCAUGUAAUCCAGUCUAA